GCGCGGUUUCACCGAGCCCUUCCCUCCGAUCCAGUGCGUCCCCGGGUCCCCCAGGGGCUGCGACCGCUCCGGCCAUGGCCCCCCGGCGCCGCGCCAGCCCAGGGGUCGCUGUCGCCAGCUGCUGGCUCCUCACCGGUGGUUUAUUCUUCAGGAAACACCUCGCGGCUUAGUGCGCCUGCGCCCGCGCAAGCUUCGGCCCCGCCUCCCCUUUGGGGACGUAAAACGUGCGCCGGACGGCAGGACGCGAUCUGCGCAUGCGCCCUCAUUGCAUCAGCCCUUUGGUCCGUGAAGGCGGCUGGAACCGCGGAGAGGAAGGUGUUCGCUGCGGUAUCUCUCGCGCGGGUUUGGAGCGGCGCUCCGAGAGCCCACGAAAAGGAAGGGCUAGAGUAAGUGCUUCCCUCGGCCAAUCGAGUCGGAUGUAGUGUUUCCUUCCCGCCAGGCAAGUGUUUGCAGGAACCGGACCCCGCCCCCUUCCCUGCCUAGACUUUCUUUCCCUUCCUUUCCCCUUUCCCGGCGGGGACCACCCCCCCUUGGUUCCUCUUGUUCUGGCAGUGAGCCCCUGCCAAGGUCAUGAAGCUCGUGAGGAAGGACAUUGAGAAAGACAAUGCGGGCCAGGUGACCCUGGUUCCCGAAGAACCUGAGGACAUGUGGCACACCUAUAAUCUAGUGCAGGUGGGCGACAGCUUGCGUGCCUCCACCAUCCGCAAGGUACAGACCGAGUCCUCCACGGGCAGUGUAGGGAGCAACCGGGUCCGCACUACCCUCACUCUCUGCGUGGAGGCCAUCGACUUCGAUUCCCAAGCCUGCCAGCUGAGGGUGAAGGGGACCAACAUCCAGGAGAAUGAGUAUGUCAAGAUGGGGGCUUACCACACCAUCGAGCUGGAGCCCAACCGCCAGUUCACCCUGGCCAAGAAACAGUGGGACAGUGUGGUUCUGGAGCGCAUCGAGCAGGCCUGUGACCCAGCCUGGAGCGCCGAUGUGGCAGCUGUGGUCAUGCAGGAAGGCCUCGCCCAUAUCUGCUUAGUCACUCCCAGCAUGACCCUCACUCGGGCCAAGGUGGAAGUGAACAUCCCUAAAAGGAAAGGCAACUGCUCCCAGCACGACCGGGCCUUGGAGCGGUUCUAUGAACAGGUGGUCCAGGGCAUCCAGCGCCACAUACACUUUGAUGUGGUAAAGUGCGUCCUGGUGGCCAGCCCAGGAUUUGUGAGGGAGCAGUUCUGCGACUACAUGUUUCAACAAGCAGUGAAGACCGACAACAAAGUGCUCCUGGAAAACCGGUCCAAAUUCCUUCAGGUACAUGCCUCCUCUGGACACAAGUACUCCCUGAAAGAGGCCCUUUGUGACCCUACGGUAGCUAGCCGCCUUUCAGACACGAAAGCCGCUGGGGAAGUAAAAGCCUUGGAUGACUUCUAUAAAAUGUUACAGCAUGAACCUGACCGAGCUUUUUAUGGACUCAAGCAGGUAGAGAAGGCCAAUGAGGCCAUGGCAAUUGACACAUUGCUCAUCAGUGAUGAGCUCUUCAGGCACCAGGAUGUAGCCACACGGAGCCGGUAUGUGCGUCUAGUGGACAGUGUGAAAGAAAACGCAGGCACUGUUAGGAUAUUCUCUAGUCUUCACGUGUCUGGGGAACAGCUCAGCCAGUUGACUGGGAUAGCUGCUAUUCUGCGCUUCCCCGUUCCAGAACUCUCGGACCAAGAGGAUGAUUCCAGUUCUGAAGAAGAUUGAUGAUUGGAAUUUAUAAUCCAUAAUUGAGACAACCUGUGUCCUUCACUGCUUCACUGUUACAUUUUCUCAGCAUCCUUGUAACAGAAAGGUGCAAGAGUGGCACUUGGUGAUUUUUACAGGGAUUUCUCAUGUAUUUGGUCACAUUAGGUAAUUUGUGGUUGGCAGGACAUGUAUUCAAAACUGAACAAUAAAAAGAAAUUUCCAUGCAUUACCAUCUUUAUUAAUUGGGAUAGUUUUAUAUCAGAAUUAGGAGUUUUUCACAGUACUUAGAAACAUUUUGUUUAUUUAAUGAGAAUGACUAUAUAUUCUUCGGGUAGACCAUGAAAUCCCAUACUGCAUGCUUUGAAGGAAAGCCUCAGAAAAAGCUUUUUAAUAUCUCAUUAAGUUUACAUUAUUUAUUUUAUUUUGUUCUUAGACUGGGUUUUUUAAUCCCUUUUCUCCCCAUUUCCCUUACAUUCUCUUUUUAAUUUUUAAAUUUAUUUGAUAUUUUAGAUGACAGCUAAAUAAUUAGAAGGCUUUUCCUGAAGACAAGUUUAAAAUGUUUUGUUUAAGAGAUUUGUCAAACCAAUCACGUUAAAAGUAAUAGCGUGAAGUUCCCCUCCCCCCCCUCCGCAGCUUUAUCUACUAAGGAUUCUCAGGAUAAUCUAUUUAAGGUGCCUUCAUUUUUAAAAUAAGGCUAAGGCUUGUGAUUUGCUUGUAUAGGCUAAUUGGUGGCAAGCCUAGAAGUCAUCCCCAGUCUGAACUCUUUGUAUGCAUUACCACACUAUGUAUUUAUUUUUUGGCUUAUCAUAGGUAUACUUAAUGCUAUAUAGAAUUUGUAUCUGUUUUUUACUUUCUUAAUGAACUUUCUCUUCACCCUAAUUUAGGGGUGAGAAAGCCUGUUCAGGAAGUUUGAGUUAAGCCACAUCAUUAGUACUCCAGCUCUUUACUGUAACUAGGAAUUUCUGCAUAUACCUGAGGGUUUACAAGUAUUUUUUGAUGUGCAUUUCUAAGAGAGAGAGGGCCUUGAAACGUAAUUGCAUCUCGAACUUUCACGGAUCUCACCUUAGCAAAAGGAAUAGUCUCACGAAGAGUGAUAAUUCAGCCUGUAACCCAGGAUCAGUAAGCAGUACCUACUUCAAAUGAGAACUUGAAACUUUCGCUUGUUCCUUCUGUGGUUUGGGCCUUUCUCCUGGUGUAAGUGCCAAGUUUGGGAUUUUUUUUUUUUUUAAUAAACUUCCUAACUAAUCUCAACCUUUUUAUCUGUAAUUAGAGGUAGACACCUCCAUGAACUUUAAAACCACGUUUUUGCAUAUCUGUUAUCUAAUCAAAGUAAUUCAGGUUGUCAUUUUAUUAUAUUUCAUUAAUAUUUAACUUUAGGAUAUUUAAAGUAUGUUAUUAAAUAAUUUGGUAGGAGUAUAGAAAUGAAGUCAUCAAGAUUCUUAAUGGUAGAAGCUGAUUGAUAAUGAAUCCUAGUCUCAGUAAGAAUUUGGGGAUUUGGGCCAUCUGUUGCUCACAGUCUAUGCAGUAUUGGUUAUUCCUAGCUGUUACCCUUAGUAAUAGAAACCAGGGAAAACAAAAUCUUCCAAUAAAUCUAACCAGUACAUUUAAUGACAUUAAGUUCUCUAAUUUAGCCGCCCGUUAGCCUUAUUACUUCAGGAGCUUUUAAAACUCAGUACCCAGGCUGGACCCCCAGACUAAGCACCCCUAGAAAUGCUGGGAGUUUGGGGGCGUGUUGCUUUUUUAUUAAAGCUCCCAAGUGAUUCCAGUUGAAAACCUUGACUCAGGCCUUGCUAUUCAAAAGUAUAAUGGGUCAUGGACCAGCAGCAUCCCUGGAGAGCUUGUUAGAAACUAGAAUCCAGGGCUCUACCCUAGAACUAUUGUAUUGCAAUCUGUAUUUUAACAUCUCCAAUUGGUUACUCUGCAUAAUAAAAGCUAAUAAACAUAGGCAAUAACUUAAUCUUCCUGUGGUAGUCAACCUCUGGCUAGGCUUCUCAGCCACAGAGAAAAAGAUUGCAGUGUUUUAAGGUCUUUCAGGAGAGCUAACUGCAAGUACUCAGUUAAAUUAUAAACGCUAAGUGAAAGCCUGUUUUUAUGUUUAUAAAGUACUUAAAAUAUCUUUGUAAAUUUCUAUUUUUUAAAAGUUACAUUUUAUACCAACACCAUUAUCAAGAGUAUAAAUCUUCCUAGAUGCAUGGGUAUAAAUAUCAAAGUAGUAAUAAGAGCACAUAAAAUAAAAAGUCAAUCCCCAAAAAAAAUUUUUUUACUACUCUGAAAACAAAAUGAACCAUAGGUCUUUGGAAGUCACAUACAGUAGUUUAAUUCCAACUGCUCUCCAUUAACAAGGAAUGACUAUGUAACAGAUGGAAACACUAUCAACAACAUACCUCUCAAAUUAAUGCCUUGUACUGUUAAGUUUCCAUUUACCAUCAGGUGCUUGUAAACAAAGAUUGCUAUCCCCCUAGACUUAGUAAAGGAGAAGUUUGCCAUUUGUUUCAUUUUGCUACACACAUGAUGCAUAUCAAAUUAUGGUUUGCUAUUUCUGGUCUCCCAUUUAUAUGUUAAAUAUUUUGCUAAUUUUAUGUCUGGAUUGUUGAUUCUGGAUUUCACUUUCAUUACUCCCUUAUAAUACAGGUUGGAUUUUUUUUCCUCC